AAAAACGACUUUCUUAUCUAUCCCGAAAGUAUAUUGAUUAACAUACGAUAGAUUAGAACUAAAUAUGACUACAUAUUGAGAGUUCACGUGGAUAGAUUAUAGGAGACGGAGUGACGUUUGUAGUCUAGACUAAACGCAGAUUAAUAGGAUUAACAUAUCGUAUAAUACUGUUUUACAAUAGCACGUGAAAGACCUUCAAGAACAUUUUCUCGAAUUCCUGAAUGAUUUUUCAAGUGUUCAUUUCACUUCCAGCCAAACGAGCUAAGAAUGUAAAAGUCAAUAAAGGAAAACAGUUUUAUGCAGCCAGCCAUGAUGCACUAUGGCUUAUGGAUCCACCCAAAUGGGCUUGACAAUCGUUGUUAUGGGAACUACAUAGAUGAAACUGCUUUCCGUCAUCAUGCAGAACCUCCUGAGGAAGAGAGUGAGCAAACUGGUGAUGAAACACAUGAUACUACAACCUCUGCAACUUCUGGGGAGCAUAGCUAUAGUGCAGAUUUGUGCUUUCGUUAUGAAUUUGCAGCAAAACAGUUAUUUAAGCUUGUCUCUAAUGCAGAAGGACUAUUUAAGAAACUUGUUGUUAGCAAUAAGUUACCACAUUCAGAACAGGAUUUAAUCGAACAGUGGCUAUGCAUGGAACAAGAAUAUGUAGAAUGCAUUGCUAGUGACGAAACUGCUAGUCUACAUGGGAUUGCAGAGAACACCAGGCGUUCCUUGGAACGUAUUGAAGAAGUUACAGAGACUGAUGAGAAAACAGAUGAGUCUGGACAUAGAACAGAAUUCCAUAAUGAGUCAGAGUGUUCGGUAUCAGACAGUGAAGUUUCUGAUGAAGAGGAGGAGGAAGAAAGUGAUGUUGGUUCAGAGAAUCCAGAUUUCUUAGAUAAGUUAGAUGAAUGUAUGAGAAAAUUUAAGGAAGAAACUGAUAAAAUCGUCGACUCACGUAAAGAUGAAUUUCGUGGUACUCGAGUAACCAUAAUACCAUCCCAAUCUGAAAUUACUACUGAAGAUUUUGUGCAUAUUGUAAGACCUGUUCCUACCAGAAAUCCUAAUUCCAGAAGGAAUUCAAUGCUUCCUGGUUCUGACAUGUGUAAUGGUGUACUAGCAUUUAACGGUUUAAAGCCUUAUCAGGAACAGAGUCUAGAAAAGUCUCCAGAAUGCGAAUCAAAGAUUCCGGAGAGUCAAGAAAAUGACUUAUUAAGAGUAACCAAAGAAUGUUCUGCAAAGAAAGACAAUUCCCCAGAUUUAUUGAUUGAUGCUCUCAAGACUGAUGAAGUUCCAGAACCAAUAAAAACUUUGAAAACCCUAGCCCUAAAUAACGAGGCAAAACAAACCCAAGUGAAGAAGAUUCAAUCCGAGUUAGAAGGUGCUCAUAAGAGAAUAGAAGAACUCCAAACAACGAUCCACAUAAAAGAGCGCUUCAUAGCAGAUAUGAUUAAAAACUCUGAUGCUCGAGCUAGUGCCAAACAACGUUUUCAACGUAAACGAAGUAAACUUGAGGAGGAGUACUACAAUACCAGGACUCAAUUAGCUCAAGCGGAAAAUGCAUCAUUAUACAAGGACUCUGAUGAAAAAUCAACCCAUAGAAAAGAAAUAGAAUUAUAUAAGAACAUGGCAAUUCACUAUGAGAAGAGACUGAUGGACAUUGAGAUGAUAAAGCAGAUAGCAGGGGACUCUGCAAAGAAGGUCUUGGAGCUGGAGAGUUCUCUGAACUCUUCGAAGAAACAGAUGGAAAAGUUGAAACGCCAACUGAAAAAAGAGGAAGAGAGAAAAAAGCAGCUAGAAGAGGAACUAGCAGAAGACCAGAGGAAGAUACGUGACCUGGAGGAAAAGUACAACCUAACAGCAUCAAAGCUAAAGGAAAUGCAGUCAGAAAGUGAGGACGAGAGAAACAAUAUGAAGUCUCGAAGUGACUCCUGCGAGAAGAAGAAGAAUCUUCUAGAAGUAAGUGCUAGAAUCUCACAUCUGGACCAUGUUCUCAAAGAAAAAUCAAUGGAUCUGGAGAGAACUGCUGACACAGAUGAGAAAGAAGCGUUGCGACAUGAAAUUAGGAAUCUUAGAAGGACCAGAGACUGUUUAGUCGACGAGAAGUGCGACCUGGAUGAAAAGUUCCAGAAGGAACGUACUCUAACGACCGUGGAGGAACGUAAACUCCUAGAGUGCGGUGAAACAAUUGAGGCAAUAGAUGCGAUGAUCGAACAUAAAAAUGAAAUGAUCUGCGGUCGCAAAGGAUUUGACGAGAACCAAGCCAAACGUGAAAAGGGUGAGAGGAUGCUGAUGGAGAGGUUAGCAAAACUAUCAGAUGGCGAAAUGAGAACUUUGUUUUACAAAUACUUCCUGAAGGUAAUUGACCUGAAGGAGAGCUCAAAAAACCUAGAGAUCCAAACGACUGAACUAGAGGCACAUGUUGAGACACAGGAAUGGCACAUCCAGGCUCUAUCCAAUGCCUUGAAGCAGACUAAGUUGGAGGCUGAACGUAGAAUAGUGCUAAUGCAGAGAGAACAUGAAGAAAAACUACAUUUAAUGUUCAGACACUUUGCAGAGGAGACUAGUAGCUCAGGUCAUGAACGUUUAGAUAAAGAUUCAGACCUGGCAAAGUACAAAAGAGAGAAUCGUACACUGCGUAGAAGACUGGCUGAUGUUGAAGCGUUACUGAAAGGACCUAUAGCACCUAGGACUACUAGUCCUGCUAGAAUACCUCAACAAGGACUCAAACAAAUUACACACAAUACCCGACCUACUACUAAAGUCACCAGACAGCGGAACAAACUCAUAAUUCAAAAGACUACUGACUGUGACAGAAGGAAAAAGUAAGGGAUAUUUCGUCAUCCCAUGAUAUUUUAUGUUCGUUACAUUACUUACAUUUGCUCAAUGAUUCUUCAUUUGUUGAAUGAUUCAAAAGGUAAUGUUUUAUAGUUUACUGAUGAAGAAUGUGAUAAUAGCUGAUGGGUCACGAUGCUUAUUCCACAUUAUAGAUGCCAUUUGCUCUCUCUAUUUUUCUGUUAGUAUUUAAUCUAGUGUUCCCUGGCGAUAAUUAAUACCCAAUUAAUUGUGUGAUAAGAUAACUUUGAUUGUAACCUCGUUUACAUGUGCAUGGACCGAUGAAGUAUCUGAUGUAGGAACUUUUUUGGUUUUAUUAUAUUUAAUUUAAAGUGAAUGUUCUGUUAAAGGAAAGCCUUAUAUGCCAAUCUAACUAUACUAAUUUUAUAUACUUACAACGGAUAUUUAUUAGCAGGUAAGAAUUCUUUGGAGAAAUGCAAAGAUUGUGAUGAAUUAUUCAAUUAUAUCAUUGUAUUAGCUAAUCGAAGAUUCUUGAAAGAAAAGAAUAAGAAUCAUUAGCCGUAAGAAGAAAUGUAAAAAAUCCAAUUGUAUGGAUCGCAAUUGUUCUAUGAAUGCCAAAUAUGUAUUAAUUUUAGCAUUCUAGUAUCUUCCCAGUUACACAAUAGAAAAUGGAAUCAGUUUGCUAAUAACAUGUAACAAUCGAUUUAUAAGGUAAACAAUUGACAUUACGCUGCCAUUUAGAUAUCAUGUAUUAAAAAUAGCCUAAGCAAUAGCGAGUGGACAACGUAUCGUUCGCCUAUCAGUGUAUUUACAUUAUUUAUUGUAAUUUUUGUAAAUAAAUUUAUAUUAUGUUGAUGUAAA